GACAACUCUAAAUGUGAAUGUGCGACCCCCGUUAUGUCAACAGACUGAGUUGCAUUGAUGAUCAUCAUGAGCGGUGGACUAGCCCCGAGCAGAAGUACCAUUUAUGUGUCCAACUUACCGUUUUCACUAACUAACAAUGAUAUGCACAAGAUAUUUGCCAAAUAUGGGAAAGUGGUCAAAGUGACGGUUAUGAAGGACAAAGACACAAGGCGGAGUAAGGGCGUGGCUUUUGUGCUGUACCUCGAACGGGACUCCGCUCACAAGGCUGUGCGCUCUCUCAACAAGUCUCAGAUGUUUGGAAGGACAAUCAAAUGCAGCAUUGCGAAGGACAAUGGGAGAACCACUGAGUUCAUCAAGAAGAAAACGUACAAAGACAAAUCACGGUGCUAUGAAUGUGGGGAUGAAGGUCACUUGAGCUAUCAAUGUCCAAAGAACCUGCUGGGAGACCGAGAGCCUCCGGAGAAGAAAAAGAAGAAACAGAACGAGGAAGAUGAAGAGGAUGAAGAAGAUUCUGACAAGGGAGACAACCAAACCGAAGACAGUCUAUCGGCAGCUAUCCGCUACCAGCAUCAAAAACACAACGAGGAGUCCGGUCAGUAUCCUUUUCCCUACCUAGAUGAUGCUGAGGAAGAACCCAAGAGGAAGAAGUAUAAGAAGGAUUCCUACUUCAGUGAUGAGGAAGAACUUAGUGACAAUGACUGAAGACGAAAACAUGGCCAUCCCAACAAAACCUGUUACCAUGGAUACAGGAUGUUCUAUUGCUGUUAUGUGGACAGACAUACACCGAGGGUGUUCAGGGGAAGGAAUAUGAUGCAGCAGCCAGCACAAUGACUUUCAUAGCAUGACCCUGAUGUAGGGCUGGGACGAGUCCAAAUUUACUACCCGGGUACCCACACCCCUAUUACCUGACCCUACCCGGGUAUCUGCUGUAGGUCGCAAUUAAGAGAUAGGUACAAAAUGUCAGAUUGGGAAAAGUUUGACCGUACCCCUGGAAAAAUUAUUUAGAUGUACACGUCUUAAUAAAAACGAUCUGGUCAUGCAUACACUGAAGUUGACAGAAGUCUUAUCUUUAUUCAAACAUAAAAGUCAGAAGAAAUGUGUUCAUAGUCAGAAUGAAAUGCAAACAUUUGUGACUUGUAGUGUAACCAUUGAGUUCUAGAUCAUUUUUGUCAGUAAACAAUAUAUCCCAUGACUAACCCCGGGUCUGGGUAGUCCUGUGGGUACCCGGGUCCUACCCAGUACCCGUCCGACCUGAGGACCCGAGUUACCUGUCCCAGCCCUAUCCUGAUGUGUGGAACACACAAUAUGCAUUACAUUUGGAGGUAUCUAGUCUCUCCCCAGCAGUGAAAAUCUAGUUGGUUGGUUUGUUGUUUAAUGCCAACUCAACAGUAUUCCAGCUAUAUGACGGCAGUCUGUAAAUAAUCAAGUCUGGACCAGACAACCCAGUGAUUGUCAUCAUGAGCAUUGAUCCAC